AUGCUCCUCGACACAAAGCUCGCCAGCCUCCUCGCGAUCCUAUCCGCCGUCACCGCCACGCCGCAGUGCCCGCCCGCCGGCUGGGAGACGUGCUCGUCCGCGUGGCCUCCGCCAGCUGACGGCUACUGCUGCUCGGCCGCCGGCUGGCUCGGCAACACUGCAGCUCACUGCUCCAACAUCAACGCCCUCGAUGAGUGCUGCUCGCUGAACGACGAGGGCCGACUUACCUGCGUCACCGAGUGCGAGGAGCCGCCGGCCGUCUGCACAGGGGAUGCCGCCAUCGACGCCGUCCUCCUCGAGAGCAAGAUUGGGUGCAAAAUUGGCCUGAUCGACUCCAACGAGAUUUACAAGUGGUCUGGCUUCUGCGACGCCCUCCGCUCCUUCAACGACCUUGAGAGCGACCGCCGGCUCUUCCUCGGCGAGGGCGACAUGUCCACCGCCCUCGGCCUCUCCAACAUCGCGGGGCUGCUCGCCCAGGCGAUGUGGGAGAGCGGCGGCGAGGCGCCAUUCACUGCCUGCGACGAGAACGACUACCCGCCCUCCUCGCCGACUGCGUCGUGCACGCAGCGCUCCGACGGCGAGCUCUACCACUCCCUCAACGACCAGCCGUGGGCGUGCUACGUCGAUCCGCAGAUGACCAUGACGGCCGAGACGUGGGCGUCGUGGGCUCCCGGACCGCUCAAGUGCGAGCCAGGCACGGGCACCGAGAAGUGCUGCUGGUGGGGCCGCGGCGCCAUCCAGACGACGGGCCCAAACAACUACGGCCUCCUGCAGCGCGAAGUCUUUUCCCAGGUGCCCUCGCUGAGCGGCAUCGACCUCUGCACCAACCCUGAGGCCAUCUGCCAGAACGACGACGCCAAGUGGCUCGGCGCGAUCUUCUACUGGGCGAACAACGUGCAGGGGUACGGGCUGGAGGCCGAGGCGGCGACCUUUGACGAGUCCCUCCGAAAGUUCGUCGAGUCUGGCUUUAAUCGGGCUGCGUCGGUCGUGGCGGGCGCCGACUUCGCGUCAGGCACGGGCGGCGUGGUCAACAACGGCUACUGGGGGGCCACGCCGGCCGAGAACGCUGGCCGCCUCUCCAACUUUGACUUCAUCAUCUCCGACUGGGGCAUCUACCAGUACGGCAACCGCAUCCCCUUCAAGCCCAGCGACCUCCACCUCGACAAGAUCACGCACGUGCACUACGCCUUCUUCGACGUGACGAGCGGCUGCGCCGUCGCGUCGAUGGACCCGUACGCCGACUUUGACGUCGUCUACCCCGAGGUGGGCAUGACCUGGAGCUCGCCGCACAAGGGGAACGUCGGCGCGCUCCGGAUUCUCCGCGACGAGCAGUACCCCGACCUGCACCUCGCCUUCUCGCUCGGCGGCUGGACGAAGAGCAAGUUCUUCUCCGGUUGCGCCGCCGACGCCGACAAGCGCGCCGCGCUCGUCGCCUCCGCCGUCGACCUCCUCACCGAGCACGACUUUGACGGCAUCGACGUCGACUGGGAGUACCCGGUCUGCUGCGGCGAGUCGGACAACCAGGUGGACGGCAACGACUGGGCCAACUACGUGCUGCUGCUGCGCGAGCUGCGCGCGGCGAUGGACGAGCGGUCGCCCUCGAAGCACAAGGAGCUCACCAUCGCCAUGGGGAUGAACCCGCGCGUCUCUGGCGUCGCGCCGCGCGCCGAGCUUGGCGAGGUCCUCGACGCCAUCAACCUCAUGUCGUACGACUACAACGGCGCCUGGCUGCCCUUCCUGUGGCUCGAGGACGUCGCGCCGAGCAAGCUUGUGCUCGGGCUGCCCGCGUACGGCCGCGGCUGGCUUGGCGCCAACCAGGAGUAUGCACAGGCGCCGGGCGAGAACGGCGCGGGCAGCCCCGUCAGCGGCACGUACGAGGAGGGUCUCGUCUCGUACUACGACAUCAAGGCAAACUACGACGGCAACCCCGCCUGGACGAAGGGGUGGAACGCGGCGAGCAAGGUACCAUUCUACUACCGCUCCAGCCCGGCCUCGUUCGUCUCCUUUGACGACGAGCAGUCGAUCGCCAUCAAGGCGGCGUACGCAAAGGAGAAGGGUUUCGCCGGGAUGAUGUGGUGGGAGGCAUCCGACGACAAGGACGCGGACCUGCUCUCCGCCGCGAACAGCGCGUUGGUCCUCGACCUCCUGCGCCGCGCUUGGCGCGUCGAGCUGCCCCGGGACUGCCUCGGCGGGAGCGGCCGUCGCCGCCUCGCCGAAUCCGCGCCCGCCCCCUGGAGCAGCAACGCGCGCGCCGCCGUCGCAGCCCCGCUGGCGCUCGCCGCCGUGGCUGGGCUCGCCGUCUACGGCCGGCGCCACCGGGCGAGCCAGGCGAGCAACCUUGCCGACAUCGAGAGCUGCGCUGAAGAAGCGUGA